ACAGUUUGGCUUUAGUGCCCGGGAGUGUGAAGAUCAGGGAAGAUCAAACUACCUUACUGUAGGUUGACCCCUGAGCCUCCGUGUCUCCCCUUCAAGGAUACAGGUUACACAGUAGGGACACCAUCACAGUACUCCUGCCAACCUUGCCAAAGCCACAAUGUCACAAUUCUGUACAAUGCCAGCUGAGGAGAGGAAGAAGUGUGCAGCAGCUAUUUGCCAAGAGGUCCAUGGUACCGAUGGGGACACAAUGGAUCUCGGAAAGAAGCUCAGCACCCCUAAAGACAUUAUGCUGGAGGAGUUAUCGUUGCUUUCCAACAGAGGUUCCCGGCUUUUCAAAAUGCGCCAGAGGAGAUCCGAAAAAUACACAUUUGAAAGUAUCCAAAACGAGGCAAACGCACUGCUGAAUAAUGACAUUUCAACAGAGAAUACACACACUGUGGAAAUUAAAGUGGAUGCACCAGCUGAAGGAAGUACUGAAAAUCCAGCAGUCACUGUUACAGAAGUGACUACAGAGAAGGUAGAUGCCACACCUAUGCCAAAGUCCUACCACUCCCCGUGGGAUCAGGCAAUCCUCAGCAACCCUGACCUCGCCGAAACUCUGAAAGUGACAAUGUCAGCACCAGACCCACGACCAGACCUUCCUGAGUACAAAUGCUUUAACCGGGUUGCCACUCCUUUUGGUGGCUUUGAAAAAGCUCCCAAAGGCAUCACAUUCAAGCUCCCCGUGGUGGACCUGAACCCGCCCAGCUUCCCAGAGCUGCAGGAGCCGGGGAUGAAGCGACCCACCUUCAACAGGACAGCCCAGGGGUGGAUAUCUGAGGGCACCCAUCUGAUCCUACCCACUAUUACCUUGGAGCCCAUCAAAAUCCCAGAGUCUGACGACCUGUAGGUUGCUUACUGUAAUCUGGCAACAUGAUAUUGGCUGUAGUGUUCUGGCCCCCACCUCUGAUGACAGCAAAAUGGUCAUUUUGUAGCGCAGUUACAAUUCCUAACCAAUAUUUUGGGUUUUUCCCAUUCAACGGACACAAAAUGUUUCAUGCAUUUGAUGACUAGUGUGUUUCCACUGAUACUGAAAGCAAAACUGUAAAUUUUAUAAAUGUUUAGCUGAAUUGAUGAAAAUGUAAUGUAAAUAAAGAAUGCAAAGUAUUUAUUGAUGGCACCCAACUGGAACAUGCAGUAAGUUGUAUUUAGUGCAUAUAAGUGAGCAGUAUUUCAGUUAUAUCUACUUCAAAAAACUGCAUUACAGAAAAAUACACACAUAAAGUAUGAUGUUCUUGCUAUCCAUAUAUUAUCAUAAAAUCAAAUCUUAACCUAAUGGGUAACUUCAGUAUUUUGUACCCCUUUUUCCAAGUUUUUGUAUCUGAAUGACGAAUAGGAGCAAAAACUUUUGAAAUUCUUCCAGUAGUGAAAGUGGAAAAACAGGCUGCAAUGUAACCACAUGGGGCAAUUGUGCACCAUCAAUUUACGUCCACUGAAAGAGCUUGUUUUUGCCAUUGACAGGCUCAGACUGUUAUUCUAAGUGUCUAACCACAUCAUGGAAAGGAUCCCUACAGAAACAGACCUCCUUGUUAAAGAGUAAGAUCCAUUUUGUUUAACCAGGCACAGCCAUGAAAUCACCAAAUUCACCAGACUCCAUUUAAAGUCUACAGACACAAAAAAAACCUCACAAAAAACAUCUUGGUUCAUCUCUCCAUUGUUCCAAAAUCACCACCUCUAGUUUGGUUAAAAUAAACCUUUAAUUCGCUGGCUCUGUGCACUCUAAAAUUACUGUUUAUUUAAAGAGUCUGGUGGGUUGGUGAUGAAGAUUUUGGGGCUGUUUCUGAUUAAAUAAAAAGUAACUUUCUACUUUAACAAAAAGCUCAGCCUGUUUCGUGGGUGCAGCCCUCUCACUCAAUAUUGGACCAAUUUAAAAAAAUGUCGUCCCCAUUAGUCACUUAGACACAGAAACAUAAAACUGAGAGAGCUGGACUUUGAUCUGCAAUGGCAUGGAACUGGUCCUUUGACUUUAUAGGCAAAUACAUUUCAUAACACACAGAUCAAUACAAAAUGGAUAUAGCCACGCCUUGUUUGGAGUGGAAGAACACCGAAGAGUAGAUUAAAAUGUUUGUUCUGCAUCGUUUUUAGACACAUAUGCACUACAAAUGCUGACAACAGCAAUACUGUGUUAUUGUGUGAUAUUCUGGUGUUGAACUCACUGUGUUUCUGAAGAACUUGGCAGAAAACAGUCGCUCUGUGUGCCUUUACUUCCACAGUUUAAGUGUAUUGCCUCCUCAAACAUACUGUCUAUUGUCUCUCUAAUGACUAACUCAAAGGUACGCUAUGCAGGAUUGUUGGUUACCAUUUCUAAACACGCUCACCAGAGCAAAGUAAAAGUAAAAUCCAACUCCAGAUUCA